AAAUUAUGAUUCGAUUAAUAGGCCUGCAAGCUGGUUUGAAUGUACUGCAGGAGCAACAAUAUGGCGCAAAAUAGGAUGUAUUUUAAUUGUAUUUACUGCGGAUAAUUGAAAUGUAAACCGACCGUAAACGGGAGACGAAUCAGGGCGAUCGGAGGAUUUAUGUCUGGGGAGAGGAUGUUUUUCCCCACUGCUAGUUAAACAGACCACCCGGAUCUAUUAGCCUAGCUAGCUAGCUAGUUCUCUGCUUUCGUGGUGAUAAUAAUAACACCACCCACCACCCCAGUCAUGGUUUUGAUGAUGGAAUCGCAGUGCGAGUAUUUUAUGUAUUUCCCCGCCGUGCCCAUUUCCGAUCUGUCGGACCCGGCCCGGUACCGCACCCUCCCGCGCCGCAGCCAUCUGUACCUGGGGGAGACGGUGCGCUUCCUGUUGGUGCUGCGCGCGCAGAGCGGCUCGGGCUCCGGGUACAGUGAGGAGCGCGCGGGCCGCGGCUGGCAGGAACUGGCUGCGUCUCUGCGUGCGCUCGCCAGUGUGUGUCCGGGGGAAAGCAGGGCCCGGGGGAGGGAGUGUUCCGGGGAAGAUGGAGCCGAGGAGGAGGAGAGUGAUGAAGAUGAUGGAGCGGCGAGUUGCUCAGGCAGAGGAUCCACGACAUACCGCGGAUUUAAGGAGUGUAAACCGCUUCUCAUCCACAACAACCCCGGUAACGGCAGCAGGGAGUUCCGCAGAGCUCCUGUACAGUCACCUGUGGAUGAGCCAGUGGUUCUGAAUGAUGAAGUCAUCUUCCCCCUGACUGUGUCCUUGGAUAAACUCCCGGUCAACACACUCAAAGUGAAGAUUAUUGUGACUGUAUGGAAACAGGAGGAGGAGAAGGCUGAGAUCCAGGAACAUGGCUACCUCAGCAUUCUUCAGCAGAAGAGCCCGUGCCAAACCUUCCGCCAGGACCUCAACACCUUCAAAGCCCAAGUCAGCACCACACUAAACGUCCUUCCUCCACCCACAGUCAAGUGUCAGCAGAUGACUGUGUCUGGGAAGCACCUGACUGUACUUAAAGUGUUAAAUGGAAGCUCACAGGAGGAGGUGUGUGUACAUGAUGUUCGAAUCCUGCCCAACUUCAAUGCCUCUUAUUUACCCAUGAUGCCUGAUGGCUCCGUGCUGCUGGUCGACAAUGUGUGCCAUCAAUCAGGCGAGGUUGCUAUGGCGUCCUUCUAUAGGAUGGACAGUGAGUCCAGUCACCUUCCCAGCAUGCUCAGCGCUCUGGAGCAGCAAAACUUCCUUUUUCAACUGCAGCUCAGCGACCAGGCCCAAGAUGAUUCUAAUGAGGGUCUUGAAGUGCCACUGAUAGCAGUUCUCCAGUGGUCUACUUCCAAGCUGCCCUUCACCAGCUCCAUCUACACACACUACAGCGUGCCUGGCAUCAGACUGGACCGGCCUCACUUCAUCAUGACCGCGAGCUGCCCCAGUGCCGUAAGGGCUCACGAGCACUUCAGAGUGCGCUACACACUCCUCAACAACCUGCAGGACUUCCUGGCAGUACGGCUUGUCUGGACACCAGAGGGCCGUGGGCAGAAGGAGGACCCAGCAGUAAAUGCAGUAGUGUGUCACUCUCCUCUAAGUAACCUUGGUUACUGUCGCAAAGGCAGCACUCUCUCUGUUUCUGUGGCCUUCCAGAUCCUCAAAGCUGGCCUCUUUGAGCUGAGUCAGCACAUGAAACUCAAGCUGCAGUUCACAGCAUCCGUGUCAAACCCUCCCCCUGAAGCCCGUCCUCUUUCGCGUAAAAACAGUCCAUCCAGUCCUGCUGUACGAGACAUACUAGACCGACACCAGGCCAGCCUGAGCUUGGGCCGCUCACAGUCCUUCUCCCAUCAACAGCCCUCUAAAUCCCACCUUACCAGGACAGGCAGUGUUAUGGAACGGCGUGCAAUCACUCCUCCUGUCGGCUCUCCUGUCGGUCGGCCACUCUACCUCCCCCCGGAACGGAGCAUUUUAUCGCUUGACAAGAUUGCCAAGCGCGAGUGCAAAGUACUGGUGCUGGAGUCAUACAGCUAAAUGUGUACACGUGUGCAUGCACACAUCACUGAGAAGAAUAGGAAGUGUCACACUGGAAUCUUUGUUGUAGUGAGUUGUUAAUUUUCCAACUUGAACUGAUUUAUUCUGGAAAAGUGUAAUGUUUAAAGUUUUCUGUAAUGUAGCAGACACAGGGUCAUUUAGUAGUGUUCAAAUGAGGGGUGCGUUUUUAUUUGUUUCUACACAUUCAUUGUUUACAUGCUGUGCAUUAAGGUUCUGCAUCCCUUUCAGGUCAGGCUCAAAAAUGCUACUGUCUAUUGGUUUCAUUUUGAAAGGCAGGUGAAAUGAGAACACACACAAAUGCUGUAAUCCACAAAUUUGUGAAAUAGUUCAGUCACUUUUUAAGGCUUUGUUUUAAAUUUGUUAUUUGUCAUUAAUUCAGUGCACUGUGUGAAGACUAGUGUCUGAGGAAACAUAUGGGGUCAUGAAACUAGAACUACAUUUCAGGCAUUUAGCCGAUGCUCUUAUCCAGAGCAGCGUACAACAUACAAGCAGCCUGGGGAGCAAUUGGGGUUUAGGUGCCUUGCUCAAGGGCACUUCCUAUUGGUCCGGGUAAUCGAACUGGCAACCUUUUGGUCCUAAAGCUGCUUCUCUAACCAUUAGGCCAUGGCUUCCCAACCUGCCUGAAUGUUUAUAUGUUUAUAACAUUUGCAAGUCAGUCUUUUCUGACUGUUCUGUAUUACUGUAUGACCUCCACCAGUGGAAAUCCCUUUUAUUUUUUUAAUUCUUAAAAUUAUUUCUGAAUGUAAAUGUAUUUAUUUAUUUUUCAUGGUCUUGUCAGUCUUAAUAGCUACGUCAAUUCCUUUGCUCUAGUGCAGUCCUUUUUUGUAUUUCCUUAUUUUUAGUGUUUUAUUUUAAAUUGAGCCUUUUAAUUUGAUUGUUGGGAUUUUUCUUUGUUUACUGAUGCCUGAUAUAAGCUGCUAUUAUAUAUCACAGUACAUUUCAAUCUUAAGUGUUGUUUUUGGGAAACUGAAAUGCAAACUUCUGAAGCAGUGCAGCAUUAGGUUCUGACUGUCCCUUUGGCUGACUAUGAUUAUGAUGGUUAAAAAAAACUGCUCUAAAAGGCCAAAUCAAAAUAUUAUGCAAUCUUUGGAUGGAAACUACAGUGCUGUAGUGUAGCUUAGUCUUCGAUAUUAGCAACACUUAUACACGUAACAGCUGUCUUCUCUACAUGAUUGUUAUCCAUUUAAUGGAAUGUUCUCUCUUGAUUUCAGCCAUAUUCAGCUUGAGGUUUUCCCUGUUUCACAUAGUGCUUUGCUUUACACAAGCACACUCCCUCAUUUUCUCUGUCUCACACACGCGUGUGCGGAAAAAAACGUGGGUUGGGGGGAUGCUUACAUACCUCUCGGCUGUAUUGAUAAUUCAACGAUAGACAUUAAGCCUCCUGGCUGAUUUCACAUUACAAUCAUUCCAGGACUGAUCAGAUUUAACCUGUUGAAUAUAGACUUGAUUUGCAUUAAAAUUCAGUGCUUGUAUGGAAAUCAAGUGAUCACCUGUUUGCAGUCAGCUGAGAUUAUUUGCAUUCCAUAACAUUUUAGCUCGAUGCUACCUGCUUAAAAGCUCUCUUUUGCAGCUCUCUGUGGUCCAGUAUCUACAAAUAUGAUCAACCUGACUGGCCUAUUUUAUUGUAUGAGGCACAAAAAUGUGUUUAUAAUGCCAUGGGUUCAGUAGGAAGAACUCCUCUCAUUUCAAUGUUCAACAAACCAAUAGCUUUUUAGUCCAUUUAUUUCAAACUUUGGAUCAGCAGACUUGAAUUUGGUACUAAUCCAUAAAUGUGCUAAAAAAAAAAGAAGUUUCAUAUUUUAUUUUAUUGUUGUAUCAUAGGAAAGGAUAAGUGGCUACAGAUAAUGAAUGGAUGUAUCAUAGGAAUUCAACUGGUACAGUUAUGAUAUGGGUUUUUUCCUUCAUCUAAGCACUUUAUUACAAUUGUUUUAUCUUUCAUGAAUUGUCAAGUGAUUAAUUGCUGAUGUUUAAAGGUUUACUCUUGUUUGAAGUGUUGGAAUCAUAAAAUGUGUUUAAAGUUUGUGAGAAAGUAUGGUUACUUGCAGGGUAAUGCACUUGAAAUAACUGAAUAAAUGGAUGAGGGCAUUUGUAAUGUUUCUUUAAAACAAAAUACAACAUACAUUGUUUAAAAAUGUUGCUUCAUUAAGUCAAUGCAUUACUGCACAUUGUACUAACAAUUAUAAUAAGGUUUACAAACAAGUUAUAAAAGAUGAUUACAAAACAAAGUCACAAUUGGCAAAAGUAUACACUGUUAUAGAAUAGUUCUGUCAUCUGAUAAUCUCUGCAACAUUCAUAUUUCAAUAAAAUACAAAAUGAAAUAUCUUAAUUAGAACAUAGGGCUGAUUCAGAAAUUGGAAGAGUUUAACUUGGUGCUGUCCACACUUCUCCUGUUAUCCAGACCUUCACAGGGAGGAGGAUCUGUUGGCAAAUGUUAGGUCAAUUAAUCAAAUUAUCCAGCUUAUCGUGUGUGUGUAUAUAUAUAUAGAUAGAUAGAUAGAUAGAUAGAUAGAUAGAUAGAUAGAUAGAUAGAUAGAUAGAUAAUACACACACACGCACACAGGGUGGGCCAAAAGUAGAUAUACAGUGCUGAUAUGUAUAAAGUGUAUACCUACUUUUGGCCCACCCUGUGUGUUUGUUUGUGUGUGUAUAAAAUAUGCACUUCCGAAAAGCAGAGCUCCUGAUGAGUGUAUGAGCAAAAUAUUUGCAAGGGCACAAAAUCAACCUGAAUAAUAGGAGCGCACUGCCACAGACUACACUGUGCAUGCACACUUAAGACUAAUUGCCAUGCACUUGUUCCUGAUCUAGAGCACAAUCACAGUGCAUACAUUUAAGGACUCUCAGUAACACACUGACUUUGCAAAGUAUAUGCUCAGUACCCUACGUCUGAUGUUACCAAGCCUUGUAUUUUCUCACGCUUUUCUGAUUUUGACCCUGUUUGUGUUUUUGGACUGUGAGUAUUGGAUUACCUCUGAUAGCCUGUCUGUACCUCACUUGACCACCGCCUGUUUUUUUGACUCUGCUUGUGUCUCCGUUUUGGAUUUGUUUGCUAGUGUGCUUUCAAUAAAACUCUUCCUGCACUUA